AUGUCUACGCAAAGUUAUACCGACGUGAAAGAGACAUAUGUCACAGACCUGGAGAAGGGACCUGAGUUAACCACACAACGCCAACGAGCACGAAAGUAUUGCAUUUGUGGUAGUAUUUGGGGCCUCAAGAUAUUAGCCGCAGUUGUACUCAUAGAUUUAUUGCUCGCGAUAUCGAUAUCGCGAAGCUUGUUCGGCCUGGAAGACGACCCAGACAAGAUCUUUGGCAACUGGGGGCAGCCUGGUACCGCUACAGAAGGACUUGCGUGGUAUCCCACUGACUUUCUUCGCGACGUUGUGCCGAUACCAUGCCACUCGCACAACGACUACUGGAGGAAAGUGCCCCUCUUCUCAGCCCUCCACGCGGGUUGUGUAGGUACCGAAGCGGAUGUAUGGCUGCUUGACGACGGCCCGGCACUCUAUGUUGGCCAUGAUCCUGCCGCGCUGACAAGGAACCGCACCUUCAAAUCGCUCUACAUCGACCCCCUUGUCGAGUUGUUAGAUCGCACAAAUCCAGAGACGGAGUUUUACAAUGACCCAUACUCGCGGCGCGGUGUUUUCGACGUUGACCCCGGUCAGACAUUGAUACUUUUGAUUGAUGUAAAGACAGAGGGGGCCAGUACUUGGGACCAGGUACUAGAACAGCUCGAACCUCUCAGAUCAAGAGGCUGGUUGAGUUAUGUCGAGAACGGAAAGGUGCACUACGGCCCGGUUACAGUCGUCGGCACGGGCAACACCCCUUUCGACUCGAUAAUGCAGAACUCGACGUACCGGGACACAUUUUUCGAUGCACCGCUUGGCGAAAUGUGGGAGGACCCAGAUGUGGACGACCUCGACUCGCCAGCCGUCGGAUCUCUGACUUACGACGCGACAAACUCCAUUUAUGCGAGUGUCAGCUUUAAAUCCGCCGUGGGUGCGGUCCCCUUAUGGAAAGGACUCGACAGGUCCCAAUUACGAACCAUCAGAGGCCAGCUGAAAGGGGCGCAUAGACGAGGGUUGAAUGCAAGGUAUUGGGACCUGCCUGCUUGGCCUAUCAGCCUGAGAAACCAAAUUUGGCACGACCUGAUGGGCGAAGGCAUGGAUUUCCUUAAUGUGGACGACUUGCGCGGUGCAUCUAGGAAGAAAUGGUGA